AAGAAAAAUAUGUGUAUUCACUAUAUUCGCUUUAAUAAACUGGCUCAAACAAGUCUGGAAUGUGGACAAAGGUUACCCAAAGUGUUGCACAAUCACUUGUAAAGCACAUUGCGCUUGCGCAUCAGAACUAGGCAGAUCAGAACAGCCUAGUCGGAUCAGUAUUGGGCUGUGGACUGAAUCGCUUCUUACAGUAUUCAUGGAAGCAAACGCAAAUCUUGGAGACGCAACGAAGAGGUCUGACGUUUUUCAAGAUGGUUUAAACCUUGCUGCAGAAGAAAAGGGAGAAAAUGUGGAUCACCAUGAGAACCAAAGUACCUGCAUCCCUUUGAAAACCGAAAUCGAACAAGAGCCGCGUCAAGAGUCUGUGCCAAAACAUUCAGCACAGCAAUGCAGUUCACACAUGCAGUCAAACGUGGUUCAAAAUGAAACAUUGUUGUUGAAAUGUAAGGAGUUCAUUUCUUCAGAUAGCCAAGAAGAACACACGAGUACAAAUAUAACGCGAAUUCAAAGCGAUCGACAAGCACCUUGUAAAUACGAAAUAACUAUGAAGGCGGAUCAAAACGUAAGCCAGUACGUAGCAAUUACGAAUGACACUAAACCCCAAGUGUUAUGCGAGCCUUGCAAAGCAAACGAGAAAUCGAGAAUUGCGAUCUUCUUUUGUGCAGAAUGUGAAAACGAAUGUCUCUGUGACGUCUGCGGUAAACAGCACAAUUUGCAGAAAUUAACACUUAAGCACAAAUUGCAAGAUAUAUGUAAGUACAUGGAAGAAACGAAUCGUGAAAUCAGCGAAAAACACAAGCUGUGCGAGCCUUGCGCAGCCAACAAGAAACCAUGUCCUGCUUUUUACUUUUGUGCAGAUUGCGAAAAUGAAUUCCUUUGCGAGACCUGUGGUAAGCAUCACACUUUACAGAAAUCUACUCGGAAUCACGAAUUGCAAGACAUAAAACAGUAUAUGAAAGAUGCGGAAAAUGAAGUCAUCGACACCCAUCUGCUGUGCGAGCCUUGUUUGGCAAAUGGGAAAUCAAAUUUUGCAUGCUGCUUUUGUGCCGAAUGUGAAAAUGAAAUUCUUUGCGAGACCUGUUGUAAACAUCACACUUUACAGAAAUCAACGCGAAUGCAUAGUUUACGAGACAUAAGUUACUUCAUAGAAGUAAAGAAUGAUGAAGUCAAAAACAACAAACUGAUGUGCGAACCUUGUAAAGGAAGCGAGAAAAUAAGUUUCGCGUGCUACUUUUGCGCCGAAUGUGAAAAUGAAUUUCUUUGCGAGACCUGCGGUACACAUCACACUUUGCAGAAGUCAACGCGAAAACAUAAAUUGCAAGACAUAAGCAAGUACGUGCAAGAUGCAAAAACCGAUGUCAUCGAGAACCAAAAGAUGUGCGAACCUUGCUUAGCAAACAAGAAAACAUGUCGUGCGUAUUACGUGUGUGCGGAAUGUGAAUAUGAAUUUCUUUGCGAUUCCUGUGGUAAACAUCACAAUUUACAAAAAUCAACCCGGUUGCAUAAAUUACAAGAUUUAAGUCAUCACAUGGAAUCAUCGAUUGCAUCUAAAAAUCCUUUGUUUUGCGAGCCGUGUAAAUCACAAGAUAAAUCAAGCCCUGUAUCUUGGUUUUGUGCUGAAUGUGACAAUGAAUUACUCUGUGAACAAUGUGGCAAAUAUCACAUUUCACGCAAGUCAACACGAGGACAUACACUCAAGAAUGUUAAUCACUACAUGGAAAACGCGAUUGAUGAUAUUGACGUACAACGUAGAUUGAUUUGCGAGCCAUGUAAAGCGCAAGCGAAAACCAAAUUAGCUUCUUGGUUUUGUACAGAAUGUGAUAAUGAAAUGCUUUGCGAAGAGUGUGGGAUAUAUCACAAAGCAAAUAAAUUAUUUCGAAUGCAUUCGUUGCAACCAAUUAAAUGUUAUUCGAACGUUAAUGAUACCGACAAAAACCUGAAGCUAUGCGGGCCAUGUUCAGUACUGGAAAAAAAAUAUCCCGCUGUUUAUUUUUGUGUUGAUUGUGAAAAUGAAUUGCUUUGUGAAAACUGCGGAAAGUAUCACACACUGCAAAAAUGUUUUCGAAAGCAUGCUUUGCAAAAAAUCGACAGUCGUCAAUUUACCACUGCUUGCUCAUCUGAUUCUGUUGAUUUGGAAAGUACGCCUGGACAGCCAACACCUACCAAAGUUGGAUCCGACUCUAUCAUUCUUUCGUGGACCAAACCUGCUUUGUUCAAGGAAGGAGAUCAUUUUCAGAUAGCUUGCAGAGAAAACAAGGACCCCAAAUGGAAGAUUUGCUAUGAUAAUGUUGAAAAAAACACUUUUGAGUUGGGCAAUUUAAAGUCCGGCACACCGUUUUUGUUUCGUAUUAGGGCUAUAUAUACUGACUAUGAAAGUAAUUAUAGCAAAGAAAGUGAAGCAGUGACAACAUUGAAAUCUCCUGCCUCACAAAUUGUAGAUUUUUCUAUUAAAUGUAGUGCUGGGAAUCAAUGCCCUAGUCAGUAUGCAUUACCUAUGGGCGAAAACAAACGAGCAAGAAAUACACAAGGGAAAUCACGAAAAUUUGAAAUAGGGUCAGAAAGCCGGGGCAGUUGGCAACAGAAGACUAUAUUACUAAUUGGUGAGACAGGAACAGGAAAAAGCACUCUUGUUGAUAGUAUGGCAAACUAUAUACUAGGUGUAAACUGGAAUGAUCCAUUUCGAUUUACGAUGAUCAAUUUAGAAGAUGAAGAAAGAGAUAAGCAGAAAAAUCAAGCAGUUUCACAAACGGAAUGGAUAACAAGCUACUCGCUGCAUCCUCAAAAUGGUGGAAGACUUCAGUACACUAUCAAUAUUAUUGAUACCCCUGGAUUUGGUGACACGAGGGGAAUCCAGAGAGAUCAUGAAAUCGUUGAUCAAAUUCGGGAAUUGUUCACUGUGAAACCGCCACAGGGUGUUACAACCAUUGAUUGUGUGUGCUUUUUAAUAAAAGCACCUGAUGCUAGGUUGACUGCAACGCAGAGUUAUAUCUUUCAAUCGAUAAUGUCAUUGUUCGGGAAAGAUAUCGAAGAAAAUAUAUGUUCGUUAAUUACAUUUGCAGACGGUCUUGAACCUCCUGUUAUUGCAGCCCUGAAGGAGUCAAAACUGCCAUUUGGUAAAUGGUUCACUUUUAACAAUUCGGCUCUGUUUGCAAAGAAUACUGAUUUAGACUCAUCCAGUAUGUCUCCAAUGUUUUGGGACAUGGGUCUAAAAAGCUUUAGAAUUUUUUUUACACAUCUAGAAACACUACCGGCUAAAAGUUUACAGUUGACCAGUGAUGUUUUGAAUGAACGUCACCGGUUAGAGGCAACAGUAAGAAAUCUGGAACCUUUGCUUGAUGCCGGUCUUGUAAAGAUCAAUACCUUAAAUGGACAGAUCAAAUGCUUUGAAGAAAACAAAUCGAUAAUUGCUGACAAUAAAAACUUUACUUACACUGUUCAGACUACUAAGCACCUGAAGAAAGAUCUUCCAGUUGGCCAGCAUGUCACGAAUUGCACACACUGUAACUUUACAUGUCAUGAAACAUGUAAAAUACCCAAUGAUGCUGAUAAACGAAAGUGUUGGGCUAUGGAUAAGGUAUCGGGUAACUGCAAAAUAUGUCCAAAUAAUUGCUUUUGGGACCAACAUGUCAAUACUCCGUAUAUAUUUGAAUAUGUUGUUGUCGACCAACAGCAAACAUACGCAGAAAUGAAACUAAAAUAUGAAGAGGCAUCAGGAAGAUUGCUGAAUCAAGAGCAGUUGAUAGCCGAGAUAAAAGCAGAUUUAAAUACUGUUGUAGAGACCGUUGAUGAAAUGAUGGAAGCUUUUAAUGAAUCAAAAGCCCGCCUUUCCGAAAUAGCGUUGCGCCCAAACCCACUAACAAUGACAGAACACAUAGAUCUGCUUAUAGAAAAUGAGAAGAUGGCAAAGAAGACUGGUUGGCUUGAACGAAUUAAAACACUGCAAAUGUUUAGGAAGCGGGCUGAAAUAGAUGAGAAUGUUAAUCAAUUCCGAAAACAAGCCACAAAUUAUGUUACCGUCACCAGAAAACCACGAAAAGAUCUGAAAAAGGGGAAGAAUAAGCCCAAUUUAUUUGUGCGUGCAUGGAAUCAUAUUUUAAAAUAAUAAUUAUUACAAGUAUCGUACAUGUAUGCAUAGUGCAAGGACAAACAAUCUUCAAUUUAACUUCAACUAACAUAUCAUUAAAGAACAUUGCGAAAUUGCUGGUUUUAAUUUUGGAUAAUGAAAACGCAGGAACUUUAUCAGGAGAGAAAUCUUUGGAAAAAUCUGGUUAGUGUUAUAUCUGAGGCCAAUGACCAAUACAAAAUACAAUACAUGAAAAUGCAUACAAAACAAAUAUAAAAAGUAUAUAAAUUAUUUUUUAAAAAUGUGGCCAUCCUGAUAUAACGGUCCAUGCAAGUCUCUGUAUCGUGACUGUUUCAAAGUAUAUUUGAGUUUAUUGUCUGAAUUUCCAAAACGUUUCAUGGAAUGUUACGGUUAAAAUGUUUGGUGUUUUUGAGCUGCUGAUGUGAAUUUUUUAAUAUAAAUAAUCUACAUGUUUAUUGCAUAUUUGUUUCAAUUUCGUGUUCGUGUGAUUACGUAUGUAUUACGAUUGUAUAGCAUAUAUUUGAGGACUUGUCGCAAAGUGUGUAAAUAUUAUUUACUGGAUUUUGUAUCACCGCCUUAUGCUUAGCUGGUUUUUAAAUCUUUUCUUAAAUUUCAAUUCUCUCGAUUUGAUUUUUUAAAAUAGAGUUUGAAAUUCAUAUAUGCAGUAAAUACACAUAAGAACGACCAAUGAAAGAUAGGCAUUAUUUAAUAUUCUGUGUACGGAAGGCCACUACCAGUGUUAUAUUAGUUCUAUCCAUUUAUAUGGAAUAAUGUGUCAAGUGUUAUAUUGCAAUUCAGAACACAAGUUUUAAAAAUUCAAAUAUCAGUUGAGAAAUGUUUUAAGGUGUGGCACUUUUUGUGUAUAGAGAGAGAUUUUCAGCAAUCUUGAAUCUAAAGUAAGGUCAAAUCUAGGUCAAGCAAAAAUCAUUUGACCGUUUAAAAUGCCACCGGGUUGACUCAAUCUUUAUAAAAUAUGGCCACAUUGUUUUAUUUUGAUUAAAUCUAGGCCAAGUUUGAAUAUUGGCCUUGUUGGGUCAAAACCUUUAUCGCAAGAGAUAAUGAAAGAAAAUCGUGUUAUCAUUCUAGAAGAAACAUGUGUGACUCAAUCUUGAUGACAUUGGUUGGAAUAUUAAUAUAAUCGAUGUUUAGGCCAUAUUCGAAUCUGGGUGAAGGAGGUUUAAAACUAGGUCAAAGGGUUAUUAUAAGAAAAACAGUGUAACCACACCACAUUUAUGAAUAUUAUAUAUAUUGAAUAUCAUGAAACUUUGUCAGAAUUUUUUCUUGACAAUCACUAGACCAAAUAUAAAUUUUGAAAUUAUGGGUUCAAAAGAAGGUCACUUGUUAAAGUCUAAGAAAACCUCUAAAUUCCUCAUUUGGUUACUUACGACAGUGACAUGAUUUCUGAAUAAUUGUUAUAACUAUAUCUAGAUUAAGUUAAAAACUGGAUCACAUGAAGUAAAAGACACGUGUUCAUAUGGUAAAAUCUUUGAAAGUUUUUGAACCUAGAAUUUAUUUAAGCGCGUUAGGGCAAAUAUGGCCGUCAUGUUUAUGAAUAUACUCUUCGCCAUGUGUCUGAAAGGACAAAUAAGACUUCAGAAUUAAAUAUUAUUUUGAACUACAUGAUUUGCUCUAAGCUGCUAUAAUAAUGUUGUUAUUUUUAUUUUUAAGACAUAACUCGGGUUUUCUCUAUUGAGAAUGUCGUUUCUGUAUUGAUAAUACAUUAUUACAGGAUAAUUAUCUAAAUAUAAAUAUUUAAAAUAGAAUAUAAUACAAUAUAUAUGUAUACAUACAAUAUUGCUGUUGUUGAGGAUGAGCAUCAUGUUUUAUUUGAUUGUAAAAAUUCCUCAGAUAUACGCUCAUUCUAUCUGUCUAAUAUACAACACAAUCAUUUAAUAGUUAAUAGAUUUUACAAGUUACUAAACUUUGGAAGAAAUUAUGAAAUUCUAGCUGUUUGUAAGCUAAUAAAUAAUAUAAUAAGUAGAUAGUAUUAAUAUAGUAAAGGUAAGUAAUACUUAUGAUCAAUAAAUAGUACACUUAUCGUCGUAUGUCAACUUUGUACACCACUUUGUUUGCAUUUGAACCAUUGUUUAGUUAUAUAUAAAAAAACUGCUUUUUUAUUGUUCUUAAUCUGUCAGAUAACAAUUAUAAAUGAAUGUACAUCUAUGCUUAUAUUCAAGUCUAUGUAUAUGCAUUUUGUUAUGGGCCGUUGACCAUGAAUCAAAGACUGAAUAAACUUUUAACGUUAAAACUUUAAACGUCAAUGUAUCAAUAUGUGUGAAUAUAAUUUUCCGUUAAAACAUAUAUUACAGUAGUUACACCAGUUGUAUGUUAUCGUGUACAAUAGCCUUUUUAAAUAUGAACCAGAAACAUACCAAUUGACUAAGGGUGAACUGUUUUUUUAUUCUAUGUGUGUUUUUUUAUUCUAUGUAUACUGGUGCAUAUGUAAUAGCUUUUGUAUUGUGUGGGUUGAGGUUUUGUAAUUUUUGUUUAUUAUACACAUGUAAACGGAACUUUUUUACUUUUGAUGCUGCUGCUUAAAGGUUUUAAGAACGAACUUGACCUUCUCAAUGACUUGAACAUUGAGGCCGAGUUUCAAGAAAACUUCUAUAUAGUUCUAAGACAUGUGGAGCGCCCAUGAAAAUAUUGAUUCUAAUCUUUGACCUUAUAGAAUGACAUUGACAAUAUGCAAGCGUGACUGACUAAGGCCAUCUACACAUUUUGUCAAUAAGGUAAAAUUGAGGCAAGUGAAAUUUAAAUCCAUCAAACAUUAAAGCGAUAAUAAGCGAACAUGACAAUUGAUGCUCAAUUUUUUUAGCCUUAAACUAUGGCCUUGUCCUUGAGCUGAGAUGAAUAUUGCAUGCCUUCGGCACAAUGUCUCAAUGAUCUUAAUAUUUAUGGCAAGUUAAAUGAAAAUCCAUAAAAAGUUAUCGGACAAUUGGAACGGACACACAAGUGAUAUGGACAGACUGAUGGAGGGAUUGAUGGACAUUCUCCAUUUAUGUAAUCCCACUCUCUUCGGCGGGAGAUUAAUUAUACCAGAUUGUAUUAUACUGCUUAAGUUAAACUGACAAAGUUUUAAUUCUAAUUAGUAAUAGCUGUGUGUAUAUAUGUAACAUAUGUUCAUAUUUUCUUCUGCGUUGUAUCUAUACAAGUGCUUUUAAAUGUUGCACAUUAAAAAAAAAACGUUUGCUCCAUUAAAAAUGCAACGCCCAAAAGAAUUUUCCAAAUACAGCUAUGUAACAGUAUUAAAUAUUCCAUUAUGACUGUAAACAAAAACAAUGCUGCACUAGAAAUGGCGCGGCAGAGGCCGACGCGUAUCCCAACGCCGAAUGUUUGACCUAGGUGUUCCCCAGGGUUGGUAAUGGGGCCAUGCAUAGCUGAGAUUGACCGUAUUGUCAUAAGAGAAGUUCAUCAUCAAUUAGAAGUGAAUUGGUGUAGAAAUGAAGAAGUUAUAGUAAAAGGCAAUUUUGGGUGGGUGUGACAUAUGUGGGCAGGGCUCCCCAGGGUUGGUAAUGGGGCCAUGCAUAGUUGAGAUUGACCGUAUUGUCAUAAGAGAGGUUCAGUAUCAAUUUGAAGUGAAUCGGUGUAGAAAUGAAGAAAUUAUAGUAAAAGGCAAUUUUGGGUGGGUGUGGUCUAUGUGGGCGGGGCGCCCCAGGGUUGGUAAUGGGGCCAUGCAUAGUUGAGAUUGACUGUAUUGUCAUAAGAGAAGUUCAAUAUCAAUUUGAAGUGAAUCGGUGUAGAAAUGAAGAAAUUAUAGUAAAGGCAAUUUUGGGUGGGUGUGGUCUAUGUGGGCGGGGCCCCAGGGUUGGUUAUGGGGCCAUGCAUAGUUGAGAUUGACCCUAAUGUCAUAAGAGAAGUUCAGUAUCAAUUUGAAGUGAAUCCGUGUAGAAAUGAAAAAAUUAUAGUAAAUGGAAUUUUUUGGUGGGUGUGGCCUAUGUGGGCGGGCGCCCCAGGGUUGGGAUUGGGGCCAUGCAUAGUUGAGAUUGACCCUAAUGUCAUAACAAAAGUUCAGUAUCAAUUUGAAGUGAAUCCGUGUAGAAAUGAAAAAAUUAUAGUAAAUGGAAAUUUUUGGUGGGUGUGGCCUAUGUGGGCGGGGCGCCCCAGGGUUGGGAAUGGGGCCAUGCAUGGUUGAGAUUGACCGUAUUGUCAUAGGUGAGGUCCAGUAUCAAUUUGAAGUGAAUCGGUGUAGAAAUAAAGAAGUAAAUGUAAAAUAACCUAAAAAAAUGAGUGAUAAUUUCUGACGCGGCCCCACCCCAACCCCUAUAACUUUUGACCCAGGGGUCAGAUCAAAAUUCCAAAUAGUGCAGGGUCGCACAUAUGCUCAUAGCUACCAUGUGUGUAAAUUUCAAGGUUCUAGUGCUUUUAGUGUAGGAGGAGAUAGUGGCCAGGACGGACGGACAGACGGACGGACGGACGGACGGACGGCGGAGAUCACCACAAUAUCCCCACCUUUUUUUCAAAAAGCGUGGGGAUAAUUAUAAAUACCAUAUAAGUAGUUGGUAAUUGAAACUUCUUGUUCUAUAGAUCACUCUAAGUUGUUAAUCGUAAUGUCUAUUUUUGCCUUACAUAUUUUACUUGAUUAAACUUCGUUACAACCACAAUAAAUUCAUUUAUAUCAAUUGAGAGACCUAGAACACAUUUGUUCUUAGUUCAAUUUUCUGAGCUGCUUUUGAUUUCAUUAUGGCAUUCGAUUUAACACCAGAUGAUGAAUUUAAUACAGUACUGUGUUUCAUUGUAUUGCUUAUUGGGUUUGUCUGUAUAAUACCUAUCAAUAAAAUCGAGUAAAUACUA